UAUACCGCCUGUGCACCUGUCGUUAAAAAAAAGACUCCAGCCAGCGCCUCCGCCAGUUUCCUUGGAGAUCAAGUUACCGUCUUGUGAAGGUCGGGUUGCAACAUAGUGGCUGUGUCUGACGAACCCGUCACCAUCUUCAUCGUUUCCCCUUAUUCCUGUUCGUAUUUGAACGCCACAACGUCUCUCAGAGGCCAGAUUCCUCUACAGAUGAGAUGAUACGUGACCGAAAACUAUGUUCCGUACUCUUCUUACGCCGUUGAAGGCCCAUUUUGACUUUUCACCACCAAUUUCUGGCCAUGAUGGAGAGACUUCGCCGGAGGAUUUUGCGCGCGACGUAUUGAUUGAGCUCAUGCGGAAUGCGAUGGAGAACCUCAAGACGAGUGACACGAUCCGAGAGAAAACAGAGAUUUUGACGGAAAUACAAAAAAUCAUGCUGCAAGACGCGCAUACAAAGUCUGUAUUUCGCGAGCUAGAUGGAUUCGUUGUCCUCAUGAAUGUCCUGUCGACGAUUCAGUCAUGCAAUGGUAGCCCUAUCCACGAACCCGAUGAGCAAGUCUUGCUUGAGGUCCUUGAAACCAUUCGGAUGGUCUUCAUGAUAGUAUCCGAUGCCAUCAAUGAACACCCAGAGAAUUCGGAGUAUUUCAAAGUCUCAGUUGGUUACGAUUCACUAGCAUUGGCCCUGACAGACUUAGUAGCAGACAGAAGAACGGUAGACGUGACCUUAGGGUUUCUUCUCUCCAUGUCGCUCAACGAUUUCUCUAUCUCUGGAAUCUUUACCAGCCUCCGAGGCACUCCGGUCGAGGAACUCGAUCAGAAAAUCAAAGAGUUCGAGUCACGCCUCGGCCUCAUCAGGCUUCCAGGUGCUAUUCACCUACUUUGGGCCUUUGAGCCACAACUCAGUGCAGGCGACUCGGCCAUGCGCUAUGCGUUUUUCAAGCUUUUUGAGCGCCUCUGCGUAACAUGUCAUCGCAAUCAGGCGAUGCUGAGCAGUAUUGGUAUCGUCAAAUCCGUCAUGGAGUACUAUUCUGAUUCCAGGAGCUGGGGGGACGCGGAGAAGCAAGUUGUUCAAAAGCUGCUACGCCGUCUUCUGGACCUGGGAGCGACGGCGCCAGAAGCAAGACUAUUGUUCCAAAGGAUGGUCAUGCCUGAAGAGCAAAGUCUCAAUACAGAGACGCUGGAGAUUUUGAAGUCGGCUAUGAAGUCCAGGUGGCCGGACCACUUUUCUUUGGAGUCACCUGCAGAAUUUAUCAUGGUCCAUGACGGCGUUAGAGGUGUACCAUCUACAGGGUUUACUUUUGCGAUGUGGUUCUGGAUCGAAGCUCUUCCAAAAAUAACUACGCACGCAAUUUUUUCCGUUCGAACGGGUUCUACAAGUAUUGUUGAUCUCCGCCUUAACACGGAUGGAAACCUUGAGUUGCAGACAUCUGCGCACAAGUCGGUCACCGUUUUCGGCAAGUCGAACAUCCAUACCGGCCGAUGGACCCAUGUUACGUUGGUUCAUCACCCUCACAAAACCUCACAGCCUAGUAUUCGACUGUUCAUUGAUGGAGUCCUCGUUGAAACGCUAAUGUGGGCUUAUCCCAGAUCCGACCUUUCGGCGCAAAGCGUAGAAUAUGUUGUAGGAAGCAGUGAUUCCGAGGCCCAGAUGAGUUGGUGCAUUGCGACCGCCUAUCUCAUUACUCGUCCGUUAGGUGAUGAAUUACCUCGUUUGAUCCACCAUCUAGGGCCUCGAUAUCAAGGGAAUUUUCAAGAUCCUGCGCUAAUCCAGUUCUUAACAUACGAAGCGUCGACAUCGCUGAACAUGUUCAUAUCUGCAACUGUGUCGAAGGCAGCUUCGGCGGAGUCGUUGUCACUGGUGAAGGUCGUUAGGGAAGGGUUGGGAAUUAGCAACUCUUCAAUCAUCUUCUCCUUGUCUACGACCAAUAUAGCAGGAUCAGGCACCGUUCGAAGCCUAACAAUGAGUGGCACUUCCAAGGAAGUCACUGUCCAAGGCGACGUCGCUGUCGUAAAGGCCGCUUGUUUGGACAUGUCGCUCUGGAAAAUCGGCGGAGUUGCGGUACCCCUCCGUCUGUUGCAAGUAGCGAAGACACCUCAUGAAAUUUCCGGAGCGUUGAGUAUCUUGACGGAUAGCCUGAGAAAUAGUUGGCAGAACUCUGAGGAUAUGGAACGUUUACGUGGAUACGAACUAUUACCUGAUAUUCUGUGGUCCAAGGCUCAACAGAUAAACAUGACAAGCUUCGAAACACUGUUCGAAGCUCUGGGAUUAAAUUUCCGCUUGCCCGAACAGUCCACUAUAGUGAAUGCUGUUGCCUACAAAGCCAUUGCAUUGGACUUUGAGUUUUGGUCUCGUACUCGCAAGGAAGUCCAGCGAGUGUAUCUUGAGCAUUUCAUCACUCUCUUACAGACCAGCCGAUAUAAGACAUUCAAUAUUAAGCAACGCAUGGCCAAGCUCGGGUUGAUCAGACGACUUCUGUUUGUCCUUCAGACAGAAUGGUACCAGCACGAUAUCAUUCCGCACCUCAUAGAAGUUUUGAAAGCAGCCGCACAGGCCAACUUUUCUAAAGAGGAGACCAUCAAACCGAUGGUAUCAUACAUCGCAGCAAGGCUGAAUGAAGUCACUUCCACGUCUGAUUCGCCUCGCUCUAUGGUCUCUCGAAUUGAUUAUAAAGACGUUCGGCAGAAAGCAGAGCAGGUCCUCGAAUUGUUGGUUUCGCUACUGUUAGUACCAACGUUCUACAACAAGUUCAUAACCGCGCUGCCGAUAACCCGAAUAUGUCUUCUUCUCCUUGGCGACAAACCGCAACCGUUUGUCGCCAAUCAAGUUUUGCUGAUCAUCGGCAUAAGCGUAAAAAUGUCGGCCUCUUUCACAAGGAAAUUUGAACUAAUCAGUGGUUGGAAUAUUCUCAAAACUGUACUGCCGAUGUGCUGGGAUCCAAGCGUGAAUGAAGCAGCCUUUGAUAUAUUGCUUGGACGAACCGGCAUCACGAAGAUCGACACGCAAGGGCACAAUGCCGUGGUUUGUCCGCAAAUCGUUCCAGCUAUAUUCGCGGCCUUACAAACCGGCUUGGGUACAGUAGGUAACAAUUGUACUAUUUCAGAGGAGGGGGGAAUGCCGAAUGGAUUUUCAUGGGCAACGGAAUCGACGAUAGAAGUUCUUGUAGAAGAACUUAUUGAUCUACAUGCGUCAAGUGCCACUUUCCGACAAGUAUUUCGCUCUCAACAGGCGACCCGUUUAUUCAUCGAAGCCAACAAGUCAUUUGUCUCUCAAGUCUCUGCCGCGCCUAGUGUCAAUCAGCGGGCAUCACGUAUCUUAGAAAAGAUGACUCACUUCGGAUUGGCAUUGGCACUAGAUGGCGCCGUUGCCGGUGUUCAGAAACGCGUAAUACUAGACAUCCUUCGAGAUGCUGAGACUGUUCUAAACCCAUCCUCCAAGCAGCAACCCACCAUUAGUCCCGAACUCGUUGCAGACACACGGUCUAUUCGCCAAAGGAUCGCGUUCGCAAGAUUGACUGUCGAUGUCAGUGAACGUACCGUCAUCAAAAUCAUCGCGAGGAUUCUAGAGUGGCAAAAGACCAUUCGAAUAUCUGAACUGAAAAGGCUGCGGGAAAAUAUGCUAGAUCUACGGGAACAUCGGAGGCAAAUCUCUCGGCUAUACGAAUGGAACAAUGCCUUAUUGUCAGAGCGAGGCCUAUGGCCCAAGACGGAACCAAUCCUUUGGAGGUUGGACGAGACGGAAGGACCUCACAGGGUUCGAAACAAGCUGGAGCCCGAAAUUAGCCCGCCAAUGACUAGGAUCGAUGUUGGUCUAGAGCACAUUCGUGACGUUGAAGUUCCAGGAUCGGAAACAAGUUCUAUUGUUCAAGUGGAAGUGCCUCCAUGGGCGGAGACAUAUGAGAUAUCAUCUGUAGAUGUGGAAGAGCGGCAGCUAGCAGAAGAAAUCGCGGAAGAUAAGCACCGUCGUGUACGAUAUGAAUUAGAACCCGGAGAUGUCAUCGAAGCAGUGGCAACAGUUGCGCGUGUAUCAGGAGUGGAUUCCUCACCUGGCUUGCUCAUCAUCGGCCGUACUCAUCUAUACAUGCUAGAUGGUCUGGUCGAGAAUGAAGAAGGGGAAGUGAUCGACGCACGUCAUGCGCCUAAACGACUUCUUUUUGUUCCUGGGAGCAUCGUGGAGUUCGAUGGACCUCAGCGGGCCCAGAGAUGGGCUCAUGAUCAAGUCGGAACAUAUAGUAAAAAGAACUUUCUUUUUCGUGAUGUAGCUUUAGAGAUUUAUUUCAAAGACAGUCGCUCCCUACUGAUAGUCUUCCUGGACAAGAAAAAGCGUCUUGACGUCGAUCAACGCUUGUCAGCCAUGAUCAAUAAUUCUAGCAAUGUACCGACUACACCUGGUCUUUUAAUCACUCCCCUGCUUGGAAAUAUCGGUGCAAAGGUUUUAGCUGGGUUUCGUCCUGACGAGCUCGCUACGGCACAACGGAAAUGGCAAACUAGAGAGAUCAGCAAUUUCACCUACAUCAGUAUCUUAAACCAGAUAUCGGGACGUACACCAAGUGACGCUACACAAUAUCCCGUCUUUCCUUGGGUGCUUCAAGAUUAUUCGUCGCCGACUUUGGACCUUAAUAAUCCCGAGUCUUAUCGAGAUCUAAGCAGGUCUAUGGGGGCGCUGACUGAGGCUCGACGAGAGGCAGCUAUUACUCGUUACGAAAGCUUGGAAAGCAUCAAUGAAAAGCCCUUUCAUUACGGCACUCAUUUCAGCUCUUCAAUGAUCGUUUGCCAUUUCCUCAUUCGGUUAGCCCCAUAUACAAACAUGUUCAAGACACUACAAGGCGGUGACUGGGACCUGCCAGAUCGAUUGUUCAGUGAUAUUGCGCGGGCCUUUGAUUCGGCCGCUAGAGACGUACGUGGAGAUGUAAGAGAACUCAUCCCAGAGUUCUACACAUGCCCAGAAUUCCUAGAGAACUCUCGCAACAUCGAUUUUGGUGUCCAGCAAAACACAGGGGAAAGGAUCCAUGACGUUAAACUGCCUCCUUGGGCAAGGCAGGAUCCUCUAUUGUUCGUGGUUAUGAAUCGUAAGGCUUUAGAAAGUUCCUACGUCAGCGAACACCUUGCGUCUUGGAUCGAUCUUAUAUGGGGUUGUAAGCAGCGAGACUCGCAAUCCUUGAAUUGCUUUCAUCCAUUGUCAUACGAAGGUUCCGUCGACCUUGAUUCCAUCACCGAUGAGCUGGAGAGAGAGGCCACAGUUGGCAUCAUUCAUAACUUUGGCCAAACACCGCGCAAACUUUUCAAUGCUCCCCAUCCACAGCGAUAUGGCCAUGCUUCUCACACGCUUCCGCUGGGAACGUUGCAUGGAAUAGAGGAGGAUCCACACCUGUUACUCCAAGAAAGCCGAAGUUUCAAGGAUUUGGGGCCUGCUGUUCCUGUUUGCGAGCUGGUAUUUGACAUGAUCGGAGAAAAAAUUAUUCCUUGUCCUGAUGGCAACCUAUGUAUACCCCAUCAUCCGCACGAGCAAAUUGAAUGGGGUGCAAGCCGAGUUGGCGGGGGAGAGUUACGCCUGCUUGUGGAUAACAGAGUAGUUCAAGUGAUUGAAGGCUCGUUCUGCAACUGCGCAUCCUUCGUCGAUAGUGACUGCUUAGUCACUGGAUGCACCGACUUUACCGUACGGUUAUGGAAAAUAUCACGCACUCAUAACCCUCCUUUAUUGCGGCUCUCCCUCUCCCACAUCAUGCGUUUCCAUACAGAUAUCGUCAUUUGCCUGGCUACUUCCCGUUCGCGUUCCCUUAUCGUGAGCGGCUCUCAAGACGGAAGCGCAACUCUUUGGGAUCUAAAUCGCGGUACAUAUGUUCGUUCUAUAUGGCACAGUAACUCCGACGAGGAACUGAACCCGGUUCAUCUGGUGUCCGUCAACGAGAGCACGGGAUACAUAGCAACCUGUUCCAAGACCAAAUUGUGCCUCCAUACUAUCAAUGCACGAUGUAUAGCAGAGUUGGACUUGACGCACAGCUUAGCAUCGAUCACUUCUAUGGCUUUCCACGAGCGUGAAUACUCAUACCUGGGUAUCUUGGCGACGGGAGGCUCGGACGGUUCGAUUGUGUUGCGUACAUGGACUGCAGAUGGGACACCGGAGAAUGAACGAGCUCAGUGGGAGUUUGUCACUAUUAGAACUAUGAAAGUCAGAGCUGUUGAUAAGGGCGUCGUUCGCCCUCCAGCCGUGACGGCAUUGAAGUUUUUGGGAGAGAGCCUAUGCCAUGGGGAGGAAACUGGAAAGUCGUUUAUGUGGAGUUUGCCUGAUUGAAGUAUCGUGAUAAACGUCACUAUGUAUCUAUGUAUCAUGAUUCCCGAAAGAAUUCACCUUGACAUAUAUGUAGAUACCUGUAUCGUACUAGUUCUCCGAUGUACCGUUUCGUCAUUCAUAUAGCUGUGCGGAAGAUGUCAU